CUCAUUUUGGGCAGGUCUAUGACCAACGUGCAAGAUAAGAUAAGAUACGAAUCAUAUGUUUAAGCAAUAAUGACGGGAAAGGCUCACAUGAAUCCAAUUUUUGGUUAUAUAUUUUUAUUUAAUUUGAUAAUUGGAACGGGAGCAUUGGCUUUGCCUAGAUCAUUUAGUUUAGCAGGGUGGAUUUUGGGCAGUUUAGGUUUGAUUGCGAUCUGUUUUUUCAGUUAUAUGUGUGCCUCAUUUUUGCUUGAAGCUUUGUAUAUAUCAGAUAUAAUAAAAAAAGAAGAAAAAUAUAGUAUUCAAAAUGAAAAAUGCCCAUUAUUAGAUAAAUAUAUUAAAGAUCAGGGUGAUUUAAAAUUUUACAAUAUCCAAGAUAAAAUUGAAAUGGGAGAAUUAACAUCAAUUUAUUUUGGAAGAUUGGGAAAAUACAUUUUUUAUUUAAGCCUUAUUAUAUAUCUUUACGGGGAUUUAACAAUAUAUUCAGUUGCAAUAUCUCAAACACUCUCUGAUAUAACUUGCAGUGUACAUAAUAACAUAUCAUCCAAUGAUUCUAAUCCAAAUAUUUGCAAUUUAUUUUAUUGGAAAUUUGCAAAAUCAAAAUUGUAUCAUAUUUAUCUGAUUGCAUUCAUUAUACUAAUUUUCCCAUUUACUUUGUAUCAAAUUGACAAAACAAAAUAUUUACAAAUUUUAACAACAAUAGCUAGAUGGGCAGCAUUUGCACUCAUGAUAGGCUUAUCUAGCGCCAGAAUUUUUGACCAUAAUCAUCUCAAUACUCCUAAUUCUACUAACACUCUAUCAAUGAACGAUUAUGCAUCAAAUCAAACCGUUAUUGGGCCCAAAUUAUGGGAUUUUAAAGGGUUACCAUCUCUAUUUGGUAUAGCAGUAUACGCAUUUAUGUGCCAUCAUUCCAUUCCAUCUUUAAUCACGACUAUGUCGGCUAAACGAAUUCAAUUACCGUCAUUUUGGAUUAAAAUUAAGAAUAUGUUCUCAACCUAUAAGGCCAUUGAUCUCAAUCAUACAAACGACAUUCCAUCGCCGGUAAAUCGAAUAGCGACAAACGUUAUGGUGACCCCUUUUGCGAUUUUUUUAAUGACCUACGUGACGGUUUUAAUUUUUUACAUUCUUCUUAGUGUUUUAGCUUGUUUCGCUUUUCCACCCGGCCCCGGACAACCCGUCAUCAAAGAUUUGUUUACCCUAAAUUUCGUGUUUCCUCAAAAUGAAAAUAAACUUAAAUUGCUAUUGGGUUAUUUCUUGGCUAUUUUCCCCGUUUUUCCCUUAGCCACCAACUUUCCCAUUUUAGCCAUAACUCUAAGAAACAACAUUUGGGAUUUGAUGCGCUUUCUCACGUCAGCUAAACCUGAUCAUCUUAUACAAGGACCAAAUUACGAUAACAACGUUUCCAGCGGGAACGAUUUAAAUGAUAACUUUUCUCGUGAUUGCGAAAGGGAAGAUCUUAACCAUACAAAAUUGGGUCUAAAUGGAGAUCGGGAACAACUGAUAACCUCUAAUUUAAAUACUCCUCCCUCGGUCAGAAAAUUCGCUCACCUACAUUCUAUUUUUUCUCGCCACAACGCUCUUUUGAUUCGCCUCAUGAUCUUAGGAAUAACGAUAGGACCUCCAUUCAUAAUAGCUUGGUUUUCCCCAUCUAAUCUUGGCUUAUUAGUGACUCUUACGGGCGCUUACCCUGGUUUAGCAAUACAAUGCCUUUUUCCUAGCUUGAUCAUUUACAAGGCACGAAAACAGUUUGAACGUGCGUCUCUGGAGAGAUAUAAUGGUAUCGAAGACAAAGGAGAGAUGGAGAAUAAAGCCUGGUCAGCUUACAAAAAAAUUCUCUUAAAAAUGCCCUACAAAUCGAAUGUUUGGAUUAUGGGAACUUUUAUUUGGGUAUUUAUUUGCCUAACUUUAGUGACAAUUCACUUUUUGUUGGAUAGGAAAUAAAACUCAAUACAUCAAAUACUUUUUAAUUAGUAUACAUAUUUAGAUACGUUUAUUUAUUGUAUAUAAUAUAUAUAGAUACUAUAUUUAUAUUGGUUUGCAAAUGUUUAAAAUGUAGUAAUUUAAAAUGGUUUGAA